AUCUAGAUAUUGUUUUAUUUACCGAAUGGACAGAAAGAGAUGAAGUUAAUUUUGCUGAUAUUGUGUCUCUUUAUUCUUCUCCUGUUGUUUCUCAGUUACAGCCAGAGAGCCCUACCAUUGCCAUGGACACCAGCAAUGCUGCUCAAGCCAGUAGCAUUCUGGAAUCAUUUUUGGCUAGUUCUAAGCCCACGCCAAGUACCACAUCACUUAUUCCAUCGCAUGUCAAAAUCGGUGGAUCUGCUGAUAUGAGUAGCUGGUCUAAAGAAUAUUUGAGUGUUAUAAAUGUCAUUGGUUGUCUCUCUGAAUGUUCUAAUAUAUUAGCAUUGCCUUCAGCAAGGUGUCCUAUUGUUAGGUUUACCGUGUCCUCUUUGAAUGUGUCUUGUGAUGUAUCAGUCAACCGAAGGCUAGGCCCUUAUAAUUCAAAGUUGCUCAAGGCCUACUUGAACUUUGAUAAAAGAGUAUCGCCUCUUCUCUAUCUCUUGAAGUCUUGGCUAAGAAUCUGUGGAGUGAUGGGUUUUAAAAGAACACAAAUAAACAAUUACUCGCUCUCACUUAUGCUCAUUUAUGCCCUCCAGAAAACAUCCCCUCCUGUGUUACCAUGCUUCCAGGACCCAAGAACAUGGCCGCUAAAUAUGGAAUGGUAUGGCAGAGCAGGAUUCAUGUUAAGGAAGCACGAAGCUGAAUACAUCGAUGGAUGGAAAGUUGAUUUUGUCAAUCCCAACUCACUUCUUCCAUCAAAAAACUCAUCAUCAAUAGCUGAACUAGCUCGCCAUUUCUUCAAUUUCUAUUCAGCAGUUUUCUCUUUCUCUAACCAUGCUGUCACAGUUCAUACUCCCCUCCUACUCACAAUACAAGAUGCAGUACAGCUAUCACUUCAAGAUCCAACACAUCAGGAGAGUAUGACAGAGAGUGGAGGGAUGAAGAUUAGCCCUCUGUGCGUCCAAGAUCCUUUUGAUUUAUUGCACAAUGUAACCAAAGCAGUUACUCCUUCUACUCUAAAUGCACUUGUAGAAGAGAUGAAACAAGCUGUUCUAGUAAUGGAUAAUCUUUUAAGUGCUUCACCUUCCUUGCAUAAUUUGGGUAUUCUGUCACUUUUUGUUUGUCAGACCCCGACUUCUCCUUUCUCUUCUCCUGAAAAGUCCUACAAGACCACCUAUCAGCUUCAUUUCUCUUUAAAAAUGAUAGAAAAGCUAGUCAGUAAAGUCCCAGCAGCUGUUGGCUUGAGUCUUCCUUUCCCGACUAACAUCACUUGCACUACAUACACUAACAGUUGGAGGGGUAGGAGGUGGAAGAGGCGUCAUGAUGCAAGACUAGCUACAGGUAGUACUAAUACCAGCCCUGUCUUGCUGUUCACUCUCUCUUCAAUGGAUCCUUCAUCUUACAGGGGGAAGAAACGAGAGGAGAUUGUUGUGUCUGUAGCAUUAACUGUGAAUGAUGUUAGUAUGUCGUCUGAAUUCUCUCUUUUCUUUGCUUUCUUUAAAAAGCUUUGUUUAUCAUGA